GUGUGUGUGUGUGUGUGUCAGUGUGUCCUGGAGCACUGAUAUCACACUGGCCACGUUUGCGUGUUUAGCUGGAGAACAAAGGGACUUGGUGUUCGUGGAAUCGCCCCCCGAUGAGGAGAGAACAGCUGAUGUUGCUGAACGGCGUGAGUCAGGAAAACAGCGAAUUCUUUGUGACAGAGCUAUGUUGGCUGUGAAGAGGAUGCAGGCUGUGCUGUUGUUGCUGCCCCUGUGCUGGAGUUUAGGGUUCGCUCUCCAGUGCUACAACUGCAGACUUACUGUGAACCGUGGGGUGUGUCCGUGGACAAACUGCAAAGGGAACCAGGACACGUGUCUGAACGUCACCCACCCCUCUGGCCAGCUGUUUCGGCAGUGCUGGAAACGUGAGGAAUGUGAACAGGAGUUUAUAAGGAAGGCUUUCCGGAUGGACUCGGGGAUGGAGUUUAACUGUUGCUCCCGGAACCUGUGUAACUCGGGGAGCUGGAGUCGUGCCCCCCCACUGUUGGGGCUGGGGCUGGGGGCUCUGUUGGCCGCUCUGGCCUCCUGGCUCAGCAGCUGAGAGCACAAUCCCCGGCCUCGGCACCUGAUGGAGUUUGUCUUUGCCGCUGAUGUGAUGUAUAACGCUUGUGGCUUGUGCUGACUUUACACGUGGAUUACAGUAUGUGUUUAAUAAGUGAGCGGCUAGUGUUUGCUCAGUGUUAACCUGUCAAACACCCCCAUCACCACCUGACCCACAUUGGCUGCUCCUCCGACUGUAGCCUGAAGUACACAACGGUGCUCGGUCAGGGCUGCGUCAGGUCAGGUCAAGGGUUGACCCCAGCAUCACAGUAACUAAGCUUGGACACUUGGCUUUGCUUUGUGUAACUUGUCACUUGUCCCGACGUGAAAGGCGCUAUACAAAUGUAAUUUGUUGCUGUUGUUAUUGACUCACUGCUGUUUACAUUGGCUGGGAACUGGGAGACUGCACUGUCUAUGAGAAAUCUAACGGUUGAGUUGCUCCGCUGUUCACUGCUGCUUUAAUUUACCUCUGGUUAUUAAUAAAAGUUAAUUUUAUGAAUA